AUGCCAAAGAUAGCGAACAGCUGGAAGAGGCAUUUGAUUACAGUGUGGGCCGUCAUAUCAGUACAAGGAAAAGCGACAGGGAAAGGAGAGAACUCAUCUAUCACUGUCAGCAAGUAUCGAUUAGAACACGAUGAUGAUGGCAAAGAGAGUAUCUUGAUCAACAUAUUAGAACUGAAAGCAGAACAGUAUGCCCUGGAAAAAGUAUCUGACAGAACAUUACUCUUGCCACCACUGGCACUCCUGCAGCUGCUACUCUUGCCACCACUGGCACUCCUGCAGCUGGUACUCUUGCCACCACUGGCACUCCUGCAGCUGCUACUCUUGCCACCACUGGCACUCCUGCAGCUGGUACUCUUGCCACCACUGCCACUCCUGCAGCUGGUACUCUUGCCACCACUGCCACUCCUGCAGCUGGUACUCUUGCCACCACUGGCAGCUGGUACUCUUGCCACCACUGGCACUCCUGCAGCUACUCUUGCCACCACUGCCACUCCUGCAGCUGCAGCUGGUACUCUUGCCACCACUGCCACUCCUGCAGCUGGUACUCUCGCCACUGCACUCCUGCAGCUGCUGCUCUUGCACCACUGCCACUCCACAGCUGCUACUCUUGCCACCACUGCCACUCCUGCAGCUGCUACUCUUGACACCAUUGGCACUCCUGCAGCUGCUCUUGCCACCACUGGCACUCCUGCAGCUGUUAUUCUUGCCACCACUGCCACUCCUGCAGCUGUUACUCUUGCCACCACUGCCACUCCUGCAGCUGGUACUCUUGCCACCACUGCCACUCCUGCAGCUGCUGCUACUCUUGCCACACCUGCAGCUGGUACUCUUGCCACUGCCACUCCUGCAGCUGCUACUCUUGCCACCACUGCCCCCAGCUGCUCUCUCGCCACCACUGCCACUCCUGCAGCUGCUACUCUGCCACCACUGUCACUCCUGCAGCUGCUUCUUGCCACCACUGCCACUCCUGCAGCUGCUGCUCUUGCCCACUGCUGCAGCUGUUACUCUUGCCACCACUGUCACUCCUGCAGCUGCUACUUUGCCACCACUGCCACUCCUGCAGCUGGUACUCUUGCCACCACUGCCACUCCUGCAGCUGUCUUGCCACCACUGUCCCUCCUGCAGCUGGUACUCUUGCCACCACUGUCACUCCUGCAGCUACUCUUGCCACCACUGCUACUCCUGCAGCUGUUACUCUUGCCACCUGUCCUCCUGCAGCUGCUGCACUUGCCACCACUGCCACUCCUGCAGCUGCUGCCUCCUGCAGCUGGUGCUCUUGCCACCACUGCCACUCCUGCAGCUGCUACUCUUGCCACCACUGCUACUCCUGCAGCUGUUACUCUUGCCACCACUGUCCUCCUGCAGCUACUUUUACCACCAGCUGUUACUCUUGCCACUGUCACUGCAGCUGCUCUUGCCACCACUGCCACUCCUGCAGCUACUACGCCACCACUGUCACUCCUGCAGCUGCUGCUCUUGCCACCACUACUCCUGCCUGUUACUCUUACCACCACUGUCACUCCUGCAGCUGCUACUUUUGCCACCUGCCACUCCUGCAGCUGCUGCUUUUGCCAUCACUGUCACUCCUGCAGCUGCUGCUCUUGCCACCACUGCCACUCCUGCAGCUGCUACUACUGCCACCCUGCAGCUGCUACUGCCACCACUGCCACUCCUGCAGCUGCUACUUUGCUGCCACCACUGUCCUCCUGCAGCUGCUACUCUUGCCACCACUGCCUCCUGCAGCUGCUACUCUCGCCACCACUGUCACUCCUGCAGCUGGUACUCUUGGCUGCUACUCUCACACCACUGUCACUCCUGCAGUUGCUACUUUGCCACCACUGCCACUCCUGCAGCUGCUACUUUGCCACCACUGUCACUCCUGCAGCUGGUACUCUUGCCACCACUGCCACUCCUGCAGCUGCCUUUGCCACCACUGCCACUCCUGCAGCUGCUGCUUUUGCCACCACUGUCACUCCUGCAGCUGCUACUCUGCCACCACUGCUACUCCCAGGUGCUACUUUGCCACCACUGCCACUCCUGCAGCUGCUACUUGCCACCACUGCCACUCCUGCAGCUGCUACUUUGCCACCACUGUCACUCCUGCAGCUGCUACUCUUGCCACCACUGCUACUCCUGCAGCUGCUACUCUCGCCACCACUGUCACUCCUGCAGCUGCUGCGCCACCACUGCCACUCCUGCAGCUGCUGCCACCACUGCCACUCCUGCAGCUGCUACUCUCACCACCACUGCACUCUGCUACUCUUACCACAGUCACUCCUGCAGCUGCCUGCCUGUCCUCCUGCAGCUGCACCACUGCCACUCCUGCAGCUACUCUGCCUCCUGCAGCUGCUACUCUUGCCACUGCCUCCUGCAGCUGCUGCUACUCUUGCCACCACUGCCACUCCUGCAGCUGCACCACUGUGCAGCACUCUUGGCUGGCCAGCUGGUACUCUUGCCAGCUGCUACUGCACCACUGCCACUCCUGCAGCUGCUCUUGCCACCACUGCAGCUGCCAGCAGCUGCUGCCUCUUUGCCACCACUGCCACUCCUGUAGCUGCUACUAUUGCCACCACUGCCACUCCUGCAGCUGGUACUCUUGCCACCACUGCCACUCCUGCAGCUGGUACUCUUGCCACCACUGCCACUCCUGCAGCUGCUACUCUUGCCACCACUGCCUGCCCACAACCCAGACUACCAAGACUGCAACUGGCCACCGUGGCAUUAAAGCAAAAAGAAGGGAAAGGGCCACCUUGA